AUGGGAUUCAUUGACCUGCAGAGUGUAUUACAGAAUUAUGAGGAAAAGGGAAAAGCAGUUGCCAAAAAGCCAUGCACACGGCCUUGUCCAUUUAAUCUGACCCAGAAAGGAUCAAAGUUCAGUGUUGUGAGCGAGAGAAAUUUGGAACGCCCCUCAUCUAAAGAUGGUCAAAAAGAAAAUCACUACACGGUGUUGGCAAAUUCUAAUUAUGAAAGUAAGGUGAAAACCCCUUUGGAGGUGCAGAACUUACCAGGUUCUGUGCCAAGCAAAAAACCCAUUAGACCACCACAUGCAGCAUUGGAUAUUCUACAGAAUCUUGUUCAUACUGGCCAUGAUAAUCCUGUGUUCAAUAAACAAGAAAAAUCCAGCACCAUGCCUCUGAAAGGUUGUUCCAUUAACUUUACACCAGAUUCUUCUUCACUGGCUAGUAUCCUGUCCAAUACUGGUGUGACCCAUGUUGGGCUUAACUUUGGUAAACAUAGCCUGGCAGAGAAACUCCAUCAAGCUGAUUGUCAGAGAAUGACUGGCAGAGGGGCUAAGAAUUUGCGGUGUCAGAGUUCUGUGACCACUGUGGAUAGUUAUCGCAUGUCCUGUUUUUCAAGAAUUGGGCUUAAAGACCCAGUGGCUGUUAGAGGCAGCUUGACUCACUCUACUAACAUUCUGAACCAGCAACAUGGAGAAGAUUCCACCAAAACUUCUGCUCUGGGGUUAAGCGUGAAUGUUCCUUCUUGCAUUCAGCCUGUGGAAGGAUCUGUUGAUCAAAAAACUAACACUCUGGAUUUGCCAUCUGAAACUGGAAAACCUUUAGGUGAACCUCCACCAGCAACAGACACAGUCAUUAAACCUCAUUUGCAAAAACAAAAGGAUUUUGGUACUGUAGGACAAAACACCAGCAACCAUAUGGAGGGUGCAAAUAUAACUGAAUCAUCUGAAUGUAAAAAUGGACAGACUGUUGUAUCUAGGAGAGAGCUUGCUGGAACCCAGAAGAAUUGUGCAGCCUCAUCAGAUCAGAAGGAAAAAAUUCCAGAGGAGACAACUGUGGUUGUAGUAAAGGAGACACCUACUGCCUCUUUGCAGAAGACAUGUGACGAGGGCAGCAGUGUUGUAGAAUUUGUUCCUGACCAGAAGGCCUUGCAGAGCAUCCUUUCUAGUGAGGGAAUAACCAGUGCCGCCCUCAGUACUUCUGGGAAGCUUAGUCUGGCACGGAGAGUUCCCCUGAGUCAGAACCCAUUCCAGCGUCCCAGCAGCUUCAUGGCCAGCAGACCUACAAGAUGUACAUCCUGGGGAGUUGUGUCCACUGCCAGCCGUGCGUCUUGCAUUUCCAGGUUGGCUGGUAACAGUUAUGAGCCUUCUCCUGCCAGAGUUCCUCAGUACAGUAUGCCAGCAGAACAAGAAGUGAGACGAGUUUCAGUCUUUGGUGAAGCAAAGCGUGUUCCUGAUACACGGCCUCUCAGCAUGAGAAGCCAGAACUCGAGAUAUCCGGUUUCUAGAUUACUGAAAACUCCCCAAAAUCUCGAAGUACCUACAAAAUAUUUAGGCUACUUGUCUCAACAGACCCAACCUGUAUCCCGGUUACAAGUGAAGCGGGCAGAUUGCUUAUCUCCAGAAUCCCUGACCAAAAAGGAAAAACUUCGUGAAGAGGACAGCAACAUCUCUCCAGUGGAGAAUGUUGCAGUUUGUUUGUUCAAGGAUGAGCUGGAGAAACAACCCGCAGAUUCUGCCAAGAAGCCACAGAUUUCAGAUUUGAAUCAGCUAAGUGCUCCACUGAAGAGGAUUGAAGUGUUGGCACAGCUUCUGCAGAAGGAAAUGCAAGCAAUUACUGAAGGACAAUUCAGCUCUAAAAUGGAUAUUGCUGAUACACCAGCACUUAAUAAACUUCAACAGGUCCUGGCCUCUGUACCAGACAAAGUCCUCCACACAUCCACACCACUGAAUGUUCAGACACAGGCAGAGAUGUCACAGGUCACACACCUUUCAAAAAACCCUUCAGCCGUUGUUUCAUUAACAGAUGGGAUGAACGUGAAACAGGAGGGUUUGGGACAUAUGCAGCUUAUCCAAACGGCAUCAUUAUUCAAGGAGCCUUUGCUAUUAGAUAAAUCAAGUAUGGAACCCAGCACUCAAAAGACAAACAGUGAUGCAAGUCAUUGUCACUUAUCAAGCUUUGUGGCUGCUAGCUCUUCCAGUUCCACUGUAAUGACAUUACCGGUGCCCUGUUGUAAUACAGUUUAUGAAAAAAACAAUACAUCUUCCCCUUCAUUCAGGAAACCUAACUGUGUAAAUACUUUUCAAAAACAUCCAUUGUCCAACUGUUCAGUUUCAGCAGGACAUACAGGAGGAAGCAUGCCACCACCAUUCCUAUCUAAAGCAGUAAAGCAGAGACCCCUUCACCAUCAAGCCGUAACAUGGCGUGUGCAGAUGGAGGCUUUGCUGGAUGAGGAGUGUGCCUUCUACAUGUGUGGGACAUUUUGCCAAUCAUCAGAAAACAAGAGAACAUUGGACAGAAACUACCAAAACCCAGUGGCUACAACAUUGCAUUGGCAAGAAGCUAUGCAGUUUAUGCCUAUUGAGCUGCCUUAGUGAAGUCUCUCGUUCGUCUGUUUGUAUGCAAGUCUACCCGGAAUGGUUUUCCAGUGAAGAUGGUCUCGUAGAAAUGGCUCUUCAGAAGCCUUCAUCUGAGAUAUGGAUCAGAUUUGAUGAUCCCCUGUGUAGCCUGGGCAGAGGUCUUCCCCAAAUACAAAAGGGGGAGACUAUCUAACCAUGAACAUUUUUUGAGGGGAGGGAAGUUUGUUGUUUAAUUUAUUUACUGAAAACUGAUUAGGAAUAGAAGCAGAACAGUGGAGUAUAGGUACUCAUGAUCACAUUCUUUAAGCAUAUUUUGGUGUUCUGCCUCUUAAUUCUUCAGGGUGAGUUUAUCACACUGUCACUGAUGGUAUAUGUCUCUCCUUUUGGGUAAAAUGGUAAUCAUGAUCAUGCAUGAAAACCAUUAAUGAUGUGAAUGUUACUCAUUUGAAUCAGAGUAACUGUGAUGAAAUGUGUGUAUAUGGGAACUUUGAUAACUAGUUUUGUAUUCUUCCAUCACUUAUGUCUAGAGAAAUGACCAUGAUUUUUUUAUAUUCUAUUACUCCAUCCGUUUAUCCUCAACACCUUUUCCCAUUUUUGCACAUGGGGUCGGGGUGUCACUUCAACAGUGACAAUCACCUAGAGCCAAGUUUUGCACUGCCAGGUGGCUGGCCCUGCUGCUGUAGUUCAUUCAUACCACACACUCACAAAUUGGGCCAAUUUAGUGUGUCCAAUCCCACCUGAUCCAUGUCUUUAUAAUGUGGGCAGAAAUCCAAGCGAACACAAGGAAAGACAUGCAAACUUUGCACAGAGGGCACCCCAGCCAAGAAUCGAGCCUGGGAACCUCUUGCUGUGUGGCAACAAUGCUAACCGCUGCACCACUAUGCUGCCCCUGUUACCUCAUUAAGAAUUAUAAAUGUAUUUACUAUAGUCUUACACUGAGCAAUACCAUAUGUUGAUGAAUUUUGCACUUUUGAAGAAACAUGGGUAGAAAAUUUUGCAUAGGAGUUUUGUUCUUGUUGCAAAACUGAAAAACUAGUUCAUGUUAGUUUUGUGUAUUGUGCAGUUUAAUUUAUACGAAGUAAUAGUAUGGUGUUACAACAAACCUAAGGGGGUUUCAAAGGUAAUAUAGAUCUUAUUUAUGAGGAGCCUUUUUCAGUUAGCACUGUUUGUGAAACUCCUUAAGGACCCUGUAUUUGGAACAUUUCUUGUAGUGCUGCACUGAAAGUGGGGGAGGGGAGUAUGUGCAUACAUUCCUUUGGUAUACGUCAGCUAAGCCAGCAGUGUUCCACACUCUCCUCUUUCUUUUUGACACUCAUACAUUUUUGAUCACAGUCUUAGUAUAUCUUACAGGAAGGUCCCCAUAUCCAGUGCUGAACAACUCUAUACUUUCUAAAUUUUUCUUUCAUUACCAGAUCACCAGCCAUUACCCACUGUUAAAUUACUUGUACUGUCCAAGGAAGGAAUGCACCAUUAAGAUAUACCAUAAGUGCAACAAAAGAUUUAGCAUAGCUGCUAGGCAAUGGAUGCACUGUGUAGGGAUUAGCAACAAUCUGAUAAAAGGGAGAAGGUUAAGAGAGCAGAAAUCCAGACUUGAGGCUUAAGCUUCCUCUGGCAAAAUCUGAGAUUGUAAUGGCCCUUUUAUCCAAAGACAGUUUUCUGUUUUGUAGUUAGAGUUCAACUUCUCCCCCUUUGUUUGUUGAUAAGCCAUUACAAAAGCUGGAGAGAGAAAGAUCACUCGGCUACGAAUUUUAGGGCUAAAACUGUCAUACCUCCCAUAUUAAAGUGCAUGACCAGAGCAAUCCCUCGAGUCCCUUGGUGGGUGUGAAUAGUUUACUUUUGGGCUCACAGAGCCAUCUCUUCUCACCGCCAAGUUCUUGCCUUUGAGUGCAGGUUGAGGUUUCUUCUAUUUCUUCCAUGUACAGUGGACCUUGCCAUAUUGUGACUGCAUCCACUGUCUGACACACUGUGGAAUUAUGACUGAUCAGUUCUGGAAACAUGAAGUUAGGAAUUGCAUUAUGAUGCCUGUCCUGUCCCAGAUCCAUCUCCUUUCAGCUUUAUUCCUAACCUUUGCCACUAAAUGCCAGUCAUUUGCUUACUAUUGUGCUGCUAUCUUUGCUUGAUGCCUUAUUGUGUUGUGUGCACACACGCUGUGCCAUAUCGGUACUGGUUCAAGAAAGAUACAUACCUUACAAUCUACAUCCCUCUUGGAGUGGUGCAUUUAAAAGACGGAGUGAGAUCCUUGUUUCCAAGUUAGGCAAGGAUAAUGAUGUAUUCCUUUUUGAUAGACUUUCUUUGGGAGAAUCUCAGGAUAAUAUCCUUCAUAGACCAGUCUGUAAUUUGUUUGCCUUCUUCCAAAAGAUAGGGAAAAAAUCAGUAUUUCAAAAGGAAAGAUGACCUUCUGUCCUCAGUAGGCCUCAUCCUUACAGAUGUUAUUCUUGCAAAGCAUCCAUAAUCUGGCUGUUCUGUGGAGUCUUGUUUCCCCAAGAGGAGUUGAGUGCAGAGUGCCUUUGUUUUAGGGUAUCCUGAAGCAGAGACUGCUUCGUGAUCUCGUAAGCCAGGCAUGUGUCCUAGAGACCACAACAUCUUUUUGCCUUGUCUCCAAAUAAAGAAUCUGACACUGGACAAGGUGAAUGAGGCAUUUUUCCUUUCUUUAGAGCCGAACACUCUCUGGCUUGACAAAUAUCCCAGUUCCAUAGCAUAAGCACUGAAAAAGCUGACAGUGUUUCCUGGUUUAGGGAUAAGAGAUUCUGAGGGAAAAGACUUGUGCAUCAGCUUCCUCUGUGGGUUUUCACAAAAUCUGCAGUAAUUUGACCGUUCCUGUCUUUUGGCUUUUGCAUAAGCAUUUAGGGUGUGUCUGCAUCAGGUGACAUGGCUCAGACUUUCUUUUAAGGAAAAACUAAGGCAGACUAUUAUGGAUGUCCCUUCUCUAGGGGAGAUCUUUGAUGGAAAAGCAUCUUAGGACAUUGACAAAGACCUGAAGAAGUGGAAGUAAGCAUUAACUACUGUAAAAUGAGCCUAGUACUUGUGGCUGCCUCUUCUAUCACUAGUCCAUCUCAAUACUCAAAGAGGUUUGUCACAUAUGGAAAUUGGUCUGUGUCUAUAGAAUGCAAUCCACAGUUCCACCUGCCUCCUCCAAAAAGGUUGUUUUAUUUUCACUGGUGCCUCAUCCUGAAAAAGUGAUGAAGGUCCCAUUCUAUCCUUGACUGAAUGUAGCCCAUUUAGCAUUAGGUAUGCAUGAUUGAAACUACUUGGGACAUUCUGUAGGACAGUGAGAUGUCAGUUCAGUAUGACUCAGCACCAUGUUCUGAAAAUUAUGCUGCCUUUUGGCUGUCAUCUGCUGUCAUAAUGGUUAUGGGAUUUCUAGCCCUUCUGAUGGAGGCCUUGCAGAAGAAGGGCAUCCCAUUUCUGUAUUUAGAUAAUUGACUUCUGGCAGACCCAUCAAGGAGCUUAUCAAUCGUGGCUUUGUCAGUGAUUUUUCUAUGGUUGCAGGAGAGAGCCAUAGUAAUCUGGGAAAAGUGUCUGCCUAGUCCUUUUACAUAACAUUCUCUUUAUAAGGUUAGAAGACUCUCUUCAGUGCAUGUCAACCUACUGAAAUGGUCCAGAAAGACAUGUACCUUGUAUUCUGGGUAAGGAAAUAGGGAGGUGGGCUGAACCUCAUACCCUUCUGUGUCUCUUGGGCAUAAUGACAGACAUGAUCCCCAGUACUGUUUUGGCCAGUUUUGGAUAAAAGUAAUUUAGUGGACAGUGAGGUGUCAGUAGCUGUAGUCUUAUUAGGCAUGUGGAACUUCACCUGGUAAUGGAGUUCUGUUACUAGGCUCAGGACUGGUGGAACCAUCUCCACAGUUUCAUUGUAUGGUUCCCCUUUCCGCUGCCAGUCCCUUUCAAGUUCUGAGACUGGUUGAGUUGCCAGCUUGGAAUUUUGCCUUCAGCUUUAUUCCUAACAUUUGCCACUGUGUUAAGGUAUGAAGCUUGUGGAAAAGGGCUUUCUACAUAAACUUGCUUACGUAGAGUACAUUGGUUCUUGUCCUUCAAGCUCUAGAGAGGGAGAUAAGAUAGUCCGACAAGCCAGGCUGUGGUGUGUUAUGUAAACAAAUGGGGUGGAAAGUAAUCAUUCCUUCUGUACAGAGAGGGAAUGAAGGUCUUCUUUUGGAAGAUUAAGCAGGACAUCAUUUUCAGCCAUUCAUAUCCUGGGUGAAAUGGAUAUUUAGUGGAUUCUGUCAGCGUACUUUCAGUCCUGUUUUGGAAAUGAGGAUAAGAGAUGCCUGCCUGCAGAGACAUUUUUUAUGGCAUCUCAGAGACUGAUCUGUUUAUAUGAAGAAGAGUGCAGUCUUCUACAAUUUCUGCUUGUGUCAACAAGGCGGAGGGGAGUUUACUGUGGAAGUCUUCUCACUUUGGUGGUAAAGAUUCAUAUACACCUUCUCUGACUAUAUGCCAGUUUUACAGCAUUUAAAGGACAAAGACCAAAGCUCUCCCUCAUCAAUCCUUGUUGGCUUGUUACAGUACAUUUUUAAGGUUUCAUGUCCCUGGUAGUACAGGAUAUUGUCUCAGUACAAGACAAGGAAAAAAAAGCCUGAGGCAGCAACUAUUAUAUUAUGUAAAGUACUCUGUGAUAAAGCACUGUAAAAAAAGUUGAGUUGACUUCAUGAGUAAGCUACUCUGUUAGAUCCUUUGAUCCUGCAAGAUAUUCUGGCUGAUGCCUUAGAAAUAAUAGAAGCUGCAGCUGUUUAGCUAGAUAGACCUACUGUGCUAAGUGGAAAAAAAGUCAUAUGUUGUCCAAUCUCUCCUUCAUUCUUACCUGGAUGGGUUCGGAUCCGAUCCUCGGAUCCGAGACAGCCUUAUAAGCAAGCUCCAGGUCUUCCACUAGCUUGUGGCUAAACCCUAUCCCAGCAUGCCCUAGGAAUGUCUCCCAGAUCUUGUUUGCAGUCAUAAUAAGAAAAAAAUACUUUUAUAAUAUCUGAGUGCAGUCAAGAAGGUCAGAGAACAAUGAUGUCCUACUGUAGCAACUCAGUCUUCCAGGAGUAAAAACUGGCUGGGGGAAAAGAGGGUGGGAUGUAACAAUGAAGGCGAAGAUGGACAACACACAUGGAACGUUAUGGUGAGUACAUAACGUCUUUAUAUGUUGUUGUCUGAUCUCGCCUUCAUUCUUUGACUUUUUUUUAAAUGCAUUAUCUCUUGUCUUCAAAGUUCUGAUACCCCUGGACCAAAAGCAGUCAAACACAAUUCUACCACAGUUGUGGCUUCUUUCUGAGCCUGAUUCCAGAAUAUGUCAGUUGUGGACAUUUAUGGAAUGGACUUCAAUUCCAUUGGUCAGAUCAUCUUUAAAAUUUUGUUGCUUUAGUAUUCACCUUUCUAUGCUAUUUUUUGAGCCCUUUGAGUCCCCUGGAAGAUCAUUUUUGUAUUGUAUGGAAGCCUUCCUAGCAAUUACUCCCUGCAGAAGAGAGUCCUCUCAAUGAUCAAGUCUCAGUGAAUAACUAUCAGCUGUUUUCAAAAAAUUUAGACAGCAUUGUUUAAUUUUUAGGUUAAGGACUUUGCCCAUCAGUGAUGAUAACUAUGAAUAUAAGGUGAAAAUGUGCACAUCUGUCUUGUUUCUUGAAUAUGUUAAUGUAUAUUUUUGUUUCUUUCAAAGUCCAUAACAUAAAAUUGCAGUCUAAAAAGUCCAAGGGAAUAAACUGAAAAUUCAGGCAAUGCAAAUGUUGGUCAUCUCAUGGAAACCAUUUCUAAACAGGUGAAAGGGAAAUCUGUUCUAAUUAGUGUAUGGCACUACAACAAUAUGAGGUAAUACUUUUAGAAACCACCAUUUAUAAAGCUUUACAGAUGCAGUGCUUGAGUCCAUUUCAGACUAGUUGUACUGGGACCCCCCCCCCCCCCCGUAGCCUGAUGCAGUACCUGGUAUAUGCCAGUCAGUGGCUUCAGAAUGUUGCAGUCUGCUGAUAACAAAAGGUUACCUACAGUGCAGUCAUAAACAUCACUUUUUCUUGAUUGUGUGAUUAUUUGGAGUCGCUGAUGAAAUUGGUCAUCUUCAGUUGCUGAGGCCAUAGACAGUCUGUGAAGCAUUCCUUGUAUGUAAACUUCACCUACUCUCUUGACAUGCUAAAUAGUGCCUCAAGUGUAAUAUGUUUUUGACCAAGUGAUGAUUGGCUGAAUCGGCUAGUUUCAGCAUCCAUUUUCACUUAAGUCAUGAAAGACAACAUGUGCAUGUAGCCAGUGUUGUAUUUGUUUAAACAUAUCAGGUUAGGUUGCAGUUCUAGUGAAAUACUAGCAGAUUGUCUUUUGCUGAAUCUGUUGCGUAGAGCCAUGUAAUACAUUGAUAAUUUUCACACACCAUGGUUUACUGUAGCUAUUUAACUGUAGUUACUGCCCCAUGCUAUUUUUCCAUUUCCUGCAGUCAGUUGACUUAUGUUAGUGGUUACAUUACCUGUAUAUUAUAGGCAAGUUGUUGAUUGUGACUAGUUUGCUGUAUUUAUAGAACUAAUUUUGUGAUGGUCAUUAUUGAUUCUUCGUAUGGUCCCAUGUCUACUUUCAGGGUGAUUAUUAACAGACGCUGCAGGAUAAAAAGGUUAAGUUAAAAUGCAGAUAAUGAAUGAAGAACAGAGCUGCUAUUGUGGCAUCUUUACCACUAAGUGUGCAUUGUAAGGUACACACUAAGACAAGAUAAUACAUUUGUGGUAUCCUUCUCAAACCUGGAGAAAGAGACAGUUCUGCCUCAUUCACAGGCAGCUUACCUGCAUUUGCUAACAGGUCACCUCCUGUGGCCUGAACUCAUUUAAGUUGGUAUUCCCCUGUAGUCUUCCUAGUGAAAAAUAAUUGCAAGCCUUGAAACAGAGUAGGUGGUUACAUCAUAGGUUUUCCAAAACCACAGAGGUAGGUAGCUAUGCCUUUGGGUUUAUAAAGGGUGACUAAAACCCCUUUAUUGAGACUGGAACUAAAAUUGAAAAAGCAGUAACCUGGGGGGGGGUGGCUGGAUGCAUUCUGUAGUGGUUUUCUGUUUCAAACUGGUGUUUUAAUUAAAUGCAUUAUCAAACAAGACAGUAUUGACACAGCUGAAUGUAUAGCUUAUUACAGAGGGCUUUGUUAUAGCUCUUUAUUCAUGGAGGUUAAACUUACAAGGACUGUGAAACAAGGAAUUGUGAGAGGUUUUCGGAUUUAUUUUGCCUACAAGAUCAUUUGAGAUGCACCUAUUACUGCUUCCUAAUCAUUACUGUUUUGCUGAGUAAAUAUUCAGCUGCAAAUAUAGAAAUAGACUGAUAGUUCACUCUUAGUGAAUUCUGACUAGAUAAAUUAAUACCAGCAUUAUGUGACGAGCUACCUUCUUUCUGACAUGUUAUGACUUUUUUAUGUGCAAAAGUCACUUUUGUAUCCUGUCGUCUUGUAUGUCAUGUUUAUGUACAAACAAUGAAACUGCUACUACAAACAAAUUUUAUAAUUACUGAAUUAAAUUUUAUAUUGACAUAAAUA